AUGAACAAAACAACGCCUCCACUUCACGUGAAUUGUGGUAACUACUCUAUCUGGGUCCACAACUCAUUCGACCCUGACAUUAAGGGUCACGAAGAGAGUGCAAAUGACAUCCCAGCUUUGGAGAAGCGCAGCUGGGAGGAGGACGCAGACGCGAACGACAGAAUGCCCAACAGCCUCAAAAAGAAAACUAACAAUCCCUCGCCAUUCGCCGACGGAGCUGAUGCCUUUAUUGAGUGGACCAAUAAGAACAAGGGUGGCUGGAGAAUUGGAGUUCAGGACGCUUACUACAGCACCGAUAUUCUGAUCGGGGGCAGCAACACGGGUGCAAGCAUGAGAUUCUUAGUCCGAAAGGAACAAGGUCGUGUUGUUAUCCUCGGGACUAAGGAUGUUGGGGAUGCCGUUGGUGGGGCCUAUCACAAAUUCAAGAAGACAAUUAAGGGUGUGGCACGUAUGGCUGGCAAGGGACAGAUGAAAUGCUGGAAUGGGGAUGGCGACUAUAAGAACAUGCUUCAUUGGGAGAUUGACCGAAGCUGA